AUGUGUGUGUGUUUGUGCAUGUUCACCAUCUAAAUGUUCAUCAUCUAUUGGCAAAUUUUCAUUCUAUUAACAGUAACAAUAUUGAAUAUCAUUUCAAUGGCCAUCAGUUUAUUGACAUCAUUACAAUCAUCAAAUGAAUUGUUUAUUGAAAAUCGUCAAUUUUAUUGGCUUCAUUUUUAUUGUUCAUUCAUUUAUUUAACAUUAACAAUAUGGUCAUUGUAUCAUUUAUUUUUUGAAAAUGAAUUGAUCGCUCUUUAUACUGAUAUUGGUACAUUUUUAUCUAUACUAUGCAUUGUUGAUUUUCUAUUUUUAAGCUAUUUAUUUUUCAUUGAAUUUUCAUUGAAAAUUAAAAUUGUUCCAAGCAACAUUUUCAUAUGGCCUGGUCUCAUUAUUUAUAUCAUUUCAACGUUACGUAUAAUAUUCAUAUCGAUUUUGAUUCAUAUUUUCAAUUAUGAUCUUUCACAAUAUAAAUGGGACAAAGGACGUGGAUCAAUGAUGAUGAUGCAAUAAACAAUAAUGAUAAAUGAUGAUGAUAAUUAUCGGUGUGACUA